UGUUGAGAAGUUACCUGCAGUCUGAAAUGGUAGAGAGCCUGGCACAAAGGACACCCCUAUUUUAUACCUAAGGGAUACUGCUUAAUUCAUUUGAAGAAAUAUAUUGUAUGUUAAAGCUUUUGACAGACUGCCAUCCUUCCGAGCAUCUUGAUAGCAUUUAGUUUGAUUAGAAACACCUAAUGCCACUACAUAUGCUACAAUGGAAACUCUAAGACAAAUCCAAGGUUUUGGUAUCUGUGUUACCUGUACCUCUGCUAUAGCACCCUGUAUGGUGUUCAGUCUUCUAGUUUCUUCCUGCUCAUCUCUGAACAUACGAGCUCGUCCACUUAUUUAUAAUUCACCUUUCCUUUCUAUCUGGAAUGCUCCUACAGAACUUUGUACUGAAAGGACUGGAGUGCAGCUAGAUAUGAAAUUUUUUUCUCUCACUGGAAGCACAUUGAAGACAUCCAUCGGACAAAACAUCACUUUAUUCUAUCCAGACAGGCUUGGUUACUAUCCUUACAAAAAUGAAAUCACAGGAGAGACAGUCAAUGGAGGACUCCCCCAACUGUCUGUGCUGGAGAAUCAUUUAAAAAAAGCCAAAGAGGACAUUCAGUUUUAUAUUCCUUCAGAUGAACAGUUUGGACUGGCUGUCAUUGACUGGGAAAACUGGAGACCUGUAUGGAUAAGGAACUGGGGAUCAAAAGACAUUUAUAGACAGGAAUCCAUUGAAUUGGUUCAGCAGAGAGACCUAAGUCUAUCAGAAGCUGAAGUCAGGACGAUAGCUAAAAUGGAAUUUGAAGCUGCAGCAAAAUCAAUUAUGUUAGAAUCUUUAAAGCUGGGCAUAGCAAUGAAGCCAAAUCGUCUGUGGGGAUAUUACCUUUAUCCAGACUGUUAUAACUAUGAUUACAAACAAAACCCACAUAAUUAUACAGGAACCUGUUUAGAUAUUGAAGUAGCAAGAAAUAAUGAGCUUAACUGGUUGUGGGAGAAAAGCACCGCACUUUAUCCAUCUGUCUAUCUAGAGACAGCCUUAAGAUCUUCCAGAAACGCCCAAGUCUUUGUUCGCAACAGAGUUCAAGAAGCCAUUAGAAUUUCUUCCAUCUCUAACUCUACUCAUCCUCUUCCAGUUUUUGUAUAUACACGUCCAGUAUUCACAGAUGUCUAUGAGGAAUAUCUCUCUCAGGAUGACCUGGUAAAUACCAUUGGAGAAUCUGCUGCUCUGGGUGCUUCUGGAAUUGUGAUCUGGGGUGAUAUGAAUUUAACACAAAAUAAGAACACCUGUAGGACUCUGGACAACUAUCUUAGGAGGACGUUGAUUCCUUACCUCAUCAAUGUAACAAUGGCAGCCAGAAUCUGCAGCAAAGUAUUAUGCCAAGACUCUGGUGCUUGUGCACGGAAAAAAUGGAACUCCAGUGACUACCUUCAUCUGAACCCAGAGAAUAUUGUCAUUCGAAUGACAAAAGAUGGAAAAUACACUCUACAGGGGCAACCAGCGUUCCAGGAUCUGCAAACGUUUACAGAAAAAUUUGAUUGCCGCUGUUAUGCAGGGUACAGUUGCGAAACUAGAGUUGAUAUAAAUGACAUCCAUUACCUCCAUGCUUGCAUUUCAGAAGAUAUUUGCAUUCACAUAUCCUCAAAUUCGCUUUCUAAUAUAGAAGCCUCUGGAGAAAAGAUCCCAUCUAACAGAACUGUUUUUUCAUCUACCUCUCCGAGUAAGGUGACAUUAUCUACACAAUAUGAAAUAAAAGAUUUCCAACCUACUACUGGAAAUGAUAUGCCCAAUAUAAUAACUACAGAAUAUAACAAUGUCACACCUACCACUAGUUAUGAUUUAGAAGCAAAUGAUACUUGUACUUUCAGUAGUUCUUCAUCAGAUAAGAUAUGGAUGUUUAAUUUGUUUUGUUUAAUUCUAAUUUUGAGCACCUUAAUAUAAAUGACCCAUGAAAGUGAGAAUGAAAUUCUUUUUCCUUGGCUUUGUUUGAAAUUCUAGAGGUUUUAUUUGGAUAGAAAAAUCAUUCCUGGAAUGUGUAAAACAGCUGCAACUCUGUGCUCUUAUCUGUAUCAGGUCACUUUUUUUAUUCCAUAGGUGAAUGUAUUUCUUCAGUUUAAUUCUAAACUAUUAUUUGGGCCAAAGAUAUAGGUGUCUGUAUAUACUGAUUAUACCGUAUGACAGGAUAAUCCAGAAUAAUGAACGAUUUGUAACAGUUCUAUUUGAAAAACACAUUUGUUCAUAAUGUAAUUUUGUAUACUUCAAGUUAAGCCAGUUAAAUCUAUCUCCAAUUGGAUUUAAUUGAGUUUCAGUAGUCAGCUGGUUUGGUGCUCUAUGUAGGAACGAAUUUCAUCUCACAGGAAUAUUAGCUCCUAAAUAUACCUGGCUUAACUUUAGACUUGUGGGAAUUUUCAGCAUAAAAUUUAUUUGAUACAGUAAAUUUUACUCUUAAAACUUACAUAAGCUUACUUAAAAAGCUUACUCUUUUUUUCUACUUUUCACAAUAUCUGCCAAGAUACUGUGUGUUUUUUCCUUUAAUUGAAUAUAUACCUAACUCUUAAAAAGUUUCUAAGCUUAACGUAAAUGUUUACAUUGAAUACUAGAACUUCAUUAUUUAAAAUUUGAGCUGUAUCAGUUACUCCUUCCUUCUUUCUUCCCUUCUCCCAAGCCUUCCUGCUUAGUCAGGUGUUCCCCUCCUUGGCUUUCAAUUGUUUUGUCUGGCCAAUACUCACAGCUCCUCAUCUGAUCUACUUCUUUACUCCCUACGAGCAUUGGCCACCAAUCCUAGUUCCUCUGUUCAGCCAGCUCUAGCAACUGGGUAUGAAUGACUGUCUCAGCACCAGUUGGACAAAGAGUUAGUGAGGUUUGAGAAGGCUGUGGGUGGGGGACAGUCUCUGUGCCUGCCUGCCUGCUUCCUAAUCAAUCUAUUUGGUGGAAGCCAGAUUGUUCCUUAUGGAAACUCAAUGGUGGAGGCAGCAAGAUACAGUGCUGUGGACCCUGGGACUCCUUUCUUCACUCCCACUGCUUGUGAUCCAGGACACUAUCUCAGGAUCACCUUGUUUAUUUGUUCUGCUCACAGAACCCUAAAAGCCCUCUACCAGCACACAGAAAGCAGUGUUCCACCAAGUCCCCUCUCUGGGGGAGGGAGUGCUGGUGCACAGCACUAGUGAGGGAAGUCAGGUAGACAGUAGUUGACUGAAAGGACUGUAAAACUGGCAGUAUCCAUCCCUGGAGAAAGAGAUAGUGAAGAUAGUAAGACAGUAUCAAGGGCCAGGCCAUGCCAUCCAGGACACUACAGAGCAGGACAUGGAAUAGAACAACAGCUAAUAUGACAGUGUGUCUUAUUUAGAAUUAAAAACAUAUUGUGGUUUUGGAAUAUCACAGUUACUACACUAGUUUUGGGCAACUCCUUUUCUUUGCUUCCUGGGCCCUAUAUUCCCUGUAGAAUGCUCUGUUGUUCUAUGGAGAUUAUACAGCUCACAUUUUCAUUACAAAUAAGAGACAAGAAAGAAUCUGGCAUAUUCAAUAAGGAAAGGCUCCUCAGAGAAAUAAGUUACUCAAGUCUAAGAUAUGGCAGUAUAUCUGCUCUUGAACACAGCAUUUAAACAGCCACAGUAGUUUUAGAUUAUUUGCUCAGAGUUCGUUGACAAAAGCAAUGUUAAAGUAGAAAAUAUACCUCCAAAGUAAACCACUCCCAGUUUCUAUCAAGAGUCCAAUUAUGAUUUAUAUAUAGUCAGUUUAAGCAUUUAGAAGCAGUUAACUACAGUUCAUUCAAUAAAAUAAUCUUUACGAAUUGUUAUGUCAAAUGAUUAAUAGAAUUGACUUCUGAUGGGUGAAGAGUGGCUGCUGGCAUGGAUGGAUUAAAAAAUGUCUUCCUAGAACUAGCCAUGAUCUGCCUAAAUAAAUCAUCCUCUCCCACAGAUACAACUUACUUCACUAAUGGAACUAUCUGGGAUUUUGAUAUAGUAGUCCUUUAUUAAAAAAAAAAAGCCUAAAUUUAGCAGAAAACACAUAUAAUUCCUGCAAUCCAUUGCCUUCAAAUUUUCAGGUUGUCAGUCCUAAUAGACAUGUGCAGAAAAAUAGAUGAAGACUUCAGAUUUAAUACAGAGAAAUAAUGUUUUUAUGGCUUUUGAACAGCAAGUUAUCAAGAGGAAGUGACAACUUUCUCAUUGCAGUCAUGGUGUUGAAUCCACAAGUCAGAGCUAUUUCUGCCAUGAGCGUUCCAAGAAUCAUGAAUAAAAAAUAUAUGUAUGUAGUGGACUGUCUGGCAGAAAAGAAGUCAGCUGUUUUUGAUCUCCUCUGUAAAAAAAGUUUCUUCACUGCAGCUUUGAUAAAGGUUAUUUGACCUUGGCUUAACACCAACCAUGGUAUUCCUUCUGCAUGAUUCCUGCAUCUCAGGUCCCUCCCUUUCACACUGGACAUGUGAUAGCUAUCAAAAGAUUUCUAAAAACUGGAACUGUCACUGGUAACAUUUUAGCAUACUUUCUGAACAUUCAGACUUGCAUGAAAUUUUAUAUUUGCAGCAGAAACCCUUUACCAUAGCUAAGACUGUAUGUUGGUAUAUAGAGUUUUAGUUCAAAGAAUGUCUUGCUUUGUUAAAUUACAUAUAGGCAAAAUUUCCUGAGCUUAGGUUUGUUUGUAUCCAGCUCUUUGAAAGGCACUAGAUUUGCAACACUUUGUGGUAAGGGAACUUGAAGGAUCACAAAGCCUGCAGGUCUUGUCCUAAGUGUUUUUUUGACUAUCAGCCAAGUAAUAGCAAGCAAAGCAUUUGUGAGGGGGGAAGGGGUAAAAUCACAUGGCACGGAGGAAAGGGAAGUUAAAGUAACAGAAGUGUUAAGACAGAGCAUCGAAGACCUUCUAGUGGAUAUAGAGGUAUUGAACUGCAGGAGAGGAGUGAAGCAGUAGGGAAUGUACACAGAGCAGUCUCUUCCACAUUUUUUAUCUACUUGGUAUUUAAUACAAACAACCUUUCCCCAAAGCCCACUAUCAAGAUAAAGGAACACAGUAACUGUGUUAGAUGAGACCCAUCCAUCUUAUCCCAUCUGUUUUCCUCAAGAGCAGCCAGGACCAGAAAAGAACAAGGGAAGUGAAAGGACAGCAGAAACUGCAAUAACCAGUUCACAGAACUGUGUCUUCCUAAUCUAUAAAUAGUUGUCUUGUGCCCUAAUGCAGAACAGUUUCUAUAAACUCAUGCACAAUGCUUUACCAACCACUCUGAAUUUUCAUUUUUGAUAUUUACAGUAUCUACAUGUAUCUGUAAUUCCUGUUUGAAAUCCCACCAGCUUUGUGUCAUAGUAAGCUUCGGGCCAGCUACAUGCUGUGUAAAACAGUAGUACUAUCCAAAUAUUUUAUUUUACUCUGUAUUAUGUGUGUCUUGCCUAUAUUCUAUGUCAAAGAGUCACCAUGAAAUCAGCAAGUCUCCACGGAGUAAGGAUGGAGGAAAGCAGGAAAGCAGAGAUACACCUUCCAUUGCUGGUAAUUAUCUUAUGUUCAAAACCAAACUUGUUUUCUCCUAAAGCAGACAAAACAAACAAACAGAAAAGCCCCCUUACCUUCCCUGUAUUUCUUGUAACCAUUAUUUGUCUCUGUAGCCUUACAGUUUGAGUUUCUUAUGUUCUUAUAUUUUUCAAAAGAUUAAAUACUAGAAGAACGUU